UCUGCCACUAUUGCUGCUGUUGCUGGAUAACUUUCAGCUUGUUGAGGGCUGUCACAAGACGGAAUGUGCUAAGUAGGCUAUGUAGAUUUGUGUGCAUAUGUUCUGCAAGAGAUAAGCUACUGUACCUGAGAGUGUGAGGUUUCGUUUUCUAUUCCAACUGAGCUGCGGACUUCAGUAAAGGCUUUAGAGAGACGAAAUUAUAAUUUUGUUAUUCUGUUCUUUUUCGUUUAUCUAUCGACACUGACAAGCACAGCAUUCUUGUAUCCAGUCAUAGUUAAAGGACGUGUGAGUGAAAUGGAAUUUGGCAAGAUGCAAGGAAUAGGAAAACGACUAUGCGAUAAUUAACAGUAGGCUAGUUGCUGCGGCCAUCUAGUUCCCCAUAGCACGAAGUGACUGCACGCCUUUAUCCGUGGCAGUCCUGAAAACAGUGGAGGACCGCACUGUGCGUUAGCCUACUCCUGGCUGUCUCCGGUAUUAUGACGUCUGGCUACUUUCACUGUGUCCAUUGACGAGGAGCUGCAAGUAGGUUUAUUCAAUAGGCUACAGUUACCUUGAAUUAGUGGGGGAUUCGAUCUUGAACGCGCAAAGUAGGAACGCGUACCUAAUCCGCUCAUUGAUGAACGAACCCGUGGUAGCCUACACUGUAGAUUAGCCUGCGCGUGAACGAACUGUACUCACUGUAGUUAUCAACAUUGCAUCAGGCAAGAGAAGAAUACGACGAACUGUUGCGAUUGUCCAAUGUGGAGUAGCUCUGGCUUGCUUUUGGAAUCAGGUAGAACGGCCAUCAUUUGUGGUGCUAAUACAAUUAUUCUAGGCAACGUUUUACACCCAUCCAGAUCAGCAUAUCGGUGCUUUUUUGCUACAGAGGAUUUCAUUUUUUAAUUAACACCGAGUUAUAGUGACCCUUGGGGACAGCUGCGUCUAGAAUUGCAACACAGGACGGGAACGCGCAUUCAUGGAAUGCGACUUUGACAGCUCUCUACUUACCUACUGACUUUAUUAGCGGGCAGCGGGGACGACUGAUUCACUGAAAAGAGAUGGCCCAGGUUCCAACCCCAAGCCCUCUGCUGGACGUAGCCAUAGACCCAGACUUUGAGCCACAAAUAAGGCCAAGAUCGUGCACCUGGCCUUUGCCCAAGCCCGAGUCUAAUGCGGGGAAACCAGAGAGCAACGACACUGACAUUAUACCAGAGGAAGAGGAUGACGAAGAGGAGCAACAUGCCACUUCCAUGGCCAUCAACGUCAAUGGCACGAGCCUGGGAGCAGACGACCAGAACAGCAACAGCCCUACGGCCGAAGGACAACUGUCUGGACAGGAGAACGGAAGUUCCCCGCUUUCGUCCCACUCUCCCACCACCACUUCGGGGGCACUCAGCACCAGCGGCCCAGGGACGCAGACACCGCGGAAGUCAUCUUCGCGCAGGAACGCGUGGGGGAAUCUCUCGUAUGCUGACCUGAUAACCAAAGCAAUAGAGAGCACACCAGACAAAAGAUUGACUCUGUCCCAGAUUUAUGACUGGAUGGUGAGGUGUGUGCCGUACUUCAAAGACAAAGGCGACAGCAACAGCUCCGCAGGGUGGAAGAACUCAAUCCGGCACAACCUCUCCCUCCACAGUCGCUUCAUCCGUGUCCAGAAUGAGGGAACAGGAAAGAGUUCCUGGUGGAUGAUUAAUCCGGAGGGAGGAAAGGGCGGGAAGGCCCCCAGGCGUCGUGCUGUCUCCAUGGACAACAGCAACAAGUACACCAAGUCUGCCCGUGGCCGUGCAGCCAAAAAGAAGGCGGCCCUCCAGGCAGCUGCUGGCGAGGGGGGCGGAGACAGCCCCUCCGGGCUCUCCAGGUGGCCGGGCAGCCCGACGUCACGGAGCAGCGAGGAUCUGGAUGCCUGGACAGAUUUCCGCUCACGUACCAACUCCAAUGCCAGCACGCUGAGUGGGCGUCUCUCACCUAUCAUGGCUAACUCCGAGCUGGACGAGGUGCCGGACGACGAGCCGCCAUUGUCGCCCAUGCUGUACUCCAGCCCUGGCAGGACGCUGUCGCCUGGGAACCCGCCCACGCCCAAUGGGAAACCGCCGCCUGCCGAGCUGCCUCGCUUGGCAGAUCUGACGGGCACCAUGAACCUGAACGAUGGGCUAACAGAUGACCUAAUGGAUGAGUUGCUGGAUAACUUCACCCUGCCCCCGACCCCAGCUGUACCGGCCACCCAGAGAGGACCCACUGGGAUCACCUUCGGCUCCAAGCCUGCCAGUCUGGGCACCCCAUCCUUGGCUGCCCCCACCACCGCUGCGCCCCCCUCAAACAGUGCAGGCAACGGUGCUUACAGUAACUCCAUUUUCGGGCCUCUUCCGACGACCUCCUCCCUGCGUCCUUCGCCCAUGCAGACCAUCCAAGAGAACAAGCAGACGUCCUUCUCCUCUAUCUCUCGCUUCGGUGGUCAGACCCUGCAGGACCUUCUGAACUCUGAAGACCACAGCCACAGUGACGUCAUGAUGACCCAGUCAGACCCGCUGAUGUCCCAGGCUAGCGCCGCUGCGGUCAUCUCCCAGAACUCCCGGCGUAGCCUCAUGCUUCGCAAUGACCCCAUGAUGACCUUCGGGACCACUGCGAGCGGCCAGGUAGGGCCAGGGGGGCUCUUGCACUAUCACAACCAAAACCAGAGCUCCCUGAGGACCUUGACCAAUGGGGGAUUGAGCAACGAUGCCCACAGCCUGGCUAAUGUAAAGCAGCAGCUCCUGCAAUCUCCCCUGGGGCUUGGAUCCAACGGCUCCUCCAUGAUGCAGAUUGACUCGUCCCUCUUCCUGAACGGGAGUGUCGGCGGUGGAGGUGGGAUCUGCUCACCGGCUCCUGACCGCUUCCCCAGUGACCUGGACGUGGACAUGUUUAAUGGGAGCCUGGAGUGUGACAUGGACUCCAUCAUCAGGAACGAACUGAUGGAUGCAGAAGGUCUGGACUUUAACUUUGACUCUCUGGCCAACCUGAAUGGAGCCAACCUGGGCAGCUAUACCAGUACCAAGCAGAACUCCCAGAGCUGGGUCCCUGGCUGAGAAGGAGGUACGCUCUGGAGGGGGCAGAGCAGGUCCAAACUGAAGAUCAGACACAACAUGUCCUUUUUGCCAAACCUGCACAACGCGGAAUAAAAACGCUCUGUUUACACAAAAUGUCCUUUAUAGAAAUGUACCUUUGCUCCAGCUCGGACCGACUAUGAACAAUAUCAAAGACAGACUCAAAGGACGCUACCCACCAUUUGCUCAAAGCCACCUACAAAAACCAACAAAGAAACAAUGCGAAAUCAUCACAGCAAGGUCAUUUCAGAAUUAUGCAAUCGUCCUUUGAGAAAACACCAGUCGGACACAAUUGUUGAGGUUAUGAAAAGAGCAAAAGAGACUGUGCUUUGUUAAUUUGAAGGGUUCUUGGGAAACACAAAAUGUGUCAUACAGGGUUGUAGUAUACAGUGAAGCAGUUUCUUCUUGAAAGGUGAUGUGGUGUAAAAUCAAUUAGUGGUUUCUGGGGUGUGUUACAUUGAAAAUCUUCUCUCUGUUAUCACUCAUUUGUUUUUAGUUCCUGUUUUAUCAUCAUCGCCACUUUUUCUGCACACAUUGGUUGGUGUAUAAAAACAAUAUUGAUGAAAUCACAGCGUAGAAGGAGACUAUCUGCACACAAAGUAGCACACAUUUAAAAAAUGACACGACUUCGUAGCUCCUUAGGAGCAAUGUUGUGAUAAACAGAACGCCAUGCACUUAAAAACAAUUUUCAUUUGACGCUUGAUUUGAUCAGUCCCAGUUUUUAAAUUACAUAAUAAUAAUAUACAAUUAUCCUUAUCUGAAUAGUACACAGAGACUUUCGUCUGUGUGUAUCUAACCUACAUGGCUACAUAGACCUACAUGGCUACAGUACAAGGGAAUGGAGACUUCCAAUUAAAGGAGGAGCUGAGGAGCGGGAAUUUAGAUGUUCAUUCUUAGCAAAUGGGAGGGGUGCACAGAGAAUGGAUACAGCAGCAUAUGUAGCCAAAAUAAAUAUGUCCUAACGUUGUGUACAUUUCCUCGCCAUAAUGGGUGCUAUAAUAUAAACUGUGUUUAAGUCCAGGCCCUAGCGAGCCGUACAUUUUACCUUAGUGGCCCACAGAGCCCAUGGAGCCGUAACCAUUGCUGCAGCAGUGGUGGUGCUGAGAGGGCAGGAGCUUGUACAGUCAGCCUCCCCCCAGCAGCCAUUUAGUUUUUCGUAAGCAAAACAAUAAGCUAUCUGUGUAUAUUGCCAAAUUACUUGAAACAUACCUGUACGUGUAGUAGGAGAUGCUGGCAGCCAGAACCACAACACACACGUGCGACACAAACUCAGGCCAGUUUAUACUUUGUCCAAACAUGCGUCCUUUGCCCAGAUCCUGUCCGGAUUUUGUCCGUUAAAACACUUACAGGUGCUGAUCAAAAUAUGAACACAAAUGGAUCUUUUAAACAUCUCCACCCGUCUCAAAAUGUGGGAACAAUCAAAAUGUGGACAAGAUAUAGAGAAAGGAUGCAUAUUAGAACCAGGUAUAAAAGGGCUAUACAGACACAGAGGAAAAUAUAACCAGGGAUAAGUGUAUUCGGUCUGCUUGUUGUUUCUCUGUGGGCUUGAGGGGAGUGUUAUUACAUGCAUACUUAUGCCAUCUCAGGGGGGAGAGGGAGCUAGCCCAUUCCUAACAUUGCACCAGGUCCCAUCUCCAUGGAAGAACUCACAACAACGUCUUUUGUUGGCAAAAAUUUAAAGUUGCUCUUGUGUUUUGAACUUGUGACCUGUGAACUAUGACCUUUCAAGAGCGAGAGGAAAAUAAGGAGGAAAAAUAAAUCAGGAAAAGGAUCCGAUUUUCACUCGGUCCUGUCAUUUUAUUUUUUGCUGUUGUUGUUUUCUGUCUCCUCACAUGGGACUGACGACGCGUGCAUGUACACCUCUAAUGGACACCCGGUGCUCCUGCAGGUAUCCCCUAUGUGUGUUCGUGUGACUGGGGUUUUAGGUCGUUUAUUGAUUUUGUCUCACAAAGACUUGUUGUCCUUUCCCUAUCCUCCACGGCAUAUAUAACAUCCCUCCUGUAUUCAUGUACUGUAUGUAUUUAUGCAUCAUGAAUUGUGUGAAAUGCAUAUAGUAUAUAGUCACUGUAUGUCCCUUGUGUAAAACCAAUGGUUUUCUUUGACACCUCAUGAAGGUAGAGUUGAAGGAAAAAUGUUAUAUCACUUGCCCAGGUAGGAGGGAGGACGGUACGCUAACGUUAGUGAUGCUACUGUUGUUCAACCAGAUGGAAAACCGGGAAAGCUGUCUUGCAGUCGCAUCCAGGCCUCUGGUUCCCCUUCAGUGUUGGGGUGUUUACCCAGAAGGUUGCCCUGUUCUGUCCUGUAAAAUAAUGUACAGACAAACAAGAAAACUAACAUGUUGUGUACAUCCAUCACCCAGAGCCUGAGCUGCGUUUGUGCAUGGCUGGGUAAAUUUAUCUAAUGUAGCAGUGCUACCUAAUGUUUAGUGCAUGACACCUAACCCCUUGACCCCCUCUUUACAACCCCUGAACUUUCAUUCAAGUUCUUAAGCAGUGUCAGUGCCCUCAAAAUAGAGAGUGCCCUCAGGAGAAUAGGUUGUCUAAACUUUGACAUCUUCUAACUCAACCCUUUUCUGGCCCCAUAGACACGACCCUGUGUUUGACCUUUCUGUUAGGUUGAGGGAAAUCCGAAGUCAUCCCGUCUGCAUCGCUGCAUUUUAGCAUGUCUUUAGUGACAGAUAAGCAAUAGGGAGAAAGAAUUCAGCCGCCCUAGAACCGAUGUUCCGCAGAUGCUUUCAUUGCUACUGCAUUUAGGGGGACAUGGAAGUGUCCUUUGGCCCCAUAAUGGUGGUGGCACAUGCCAGUCACAGGCGCAGUACCACCCCCAUGUCCAGAAUUAAGAUUUAUGACGACGCAAGCCUCCCCCCGCUCAACAAAGCUCAUGUUCAUCCUUAAACCUUCCACCCCCUGUCAACCAUGCCCCUUGCCACCCUCCAGUCUGUCCUCUGCUCUUUGACCCCCGUAUUAACCUAGCUUCUUCUCGACGAUGUUGAUGUUAGUGGGUAUUUUUCUUGUGUAUUAAAUUUUGAAUUGUAUCUAGUUUGUAUAAGAAAUGGCGGGCAUGUAAAUAAAGCGUGAUGAAGCUUGAUACUCUCAUGA